AUGUCUUCCUUCACUACGAACUCAGCUUCAAUCACCCUUUACCAGCUCGUGGCGUAUCUUACACGUCCUUUAAUCGAACUCUAUCCUUCCCAGACAAUGUUGCAGCUGCAAUUUUUCUUGCACGCAAACCUAGUGUCGCAGUUCGUCGCUUCCGAGACUUCUACUCUGUCUCCCUUCACCUUAUUCCUCACGCCCGUUUCCCUACCCCCUACACCCGUAUAUGCCGCCUGCCUUCAGGCCGGCGUUGCCUGGCCCCAGUGGAUCCGUGCAUUAGGCGGAAAUGCGCUUUAUGUUUGUGUCAUGGAGAAUAGCUUGAAGGUUCGCAUCGGCGAAACUGGAGAUGUCGUGACCAUUUGGUCUACGGAACCUAGAGACGCACCUGCUACCUCGAUCAAAAUCCAGACUAGCAACGAGUGCGAAUCGCCAAUGGCGUUGAAGUUGCGCGCGAUGCUUGACUCCGUUCGAACUCGCAGCACUUCCGCCGAUACACCCAGGAAGUCGAUCGCGCUUCCUACUUCCUGCCUCUCCCAUGCCGAUGUUGAUGCUAAUGAUUCAGACUCGGAAUCCGAUACCGAGUCGACGACUUCAUCGUCUCUUUUCUCUGAAACGUCUUCCACCGACUCCAUGUCCUCUAUCUCUUCAGCGGCAUCUUCUCCCGUCUCUAAAACCUCCAAUCUUCCCGUCGCAAAAGCGCCUGUUUACGUGCCACGUCAUCGUCGCAACAUCGCAACUGCUCCUCCAGCACCUGCUCAGGUUGACUCCAGCCUUCCCCAACGUCUUUCUCGCUCUCAACGCCGCCUCGCGCGUGCUACUGUUGACAAGGCGAAAGUUGAUGUCUGUCGGUACACCUACCAAGGCGGUCAGACUUUGGUCAUGACUGGGGGCGUCAUGCUCGGAGGUGUGAAGCAGCCCGCGGUCAUUACCACCGCCACCAAAGCAACUAAGAGUAACACGACUCAGCUUGCUCAAACUGUCCUUACCACAGCCACUAGGCCCUCGGCUACGAAGAAAAGCUCUGCAAUGCUAGGCUCGGAUUCUUCGAGAAACUGGCGCGCUCGUGUUUAG